AUGUCGACAGCUGCCCGACGCCGGUUGAUGCGCGACUUCAAGCGUAUGCAGACCGAUCCUCCUGCCGGAGUUUCAGCAUCUCCCAUUCCCGACAAUGUCAUGACCUGGAAUGCCGUCAUUAUUGGGCCAGCCGACACACCAUUUGAAGAUGGAACAUUCCGGCUCGUCAUGCAGUUUGAAGAACAAUACCCCAACAAGCCUCCUCAGGUCAAAUUCAUCAGCCAGAUGUUCCACCCCAACGUCUACGCCACCGGCGAGCUGUGCUUGGAUAUUCUACAAAACCGAUGGAGCCCAACGUAUGAUGUCGCUGCCGUGCUGACCAGCAUUCAAAGUCUACUUAACGACCCCAACACCGGCUCACCAGCGAACGUGGAGGCUUCGAACCUAUACAAAGAUAACCGAAAGGAGUAUACUAAGCGCGUACGAGAGACUGUUGAGAGAAGUUGGGAAGACUAA